GUGGGUGUGUGGAUCGGGGUGGGCAGCCGCUAUGAAGACAAGAAGAACAACGGGGCUGGUUUCUUCCUGGAACAUCUGGCCUUUAAGGGCACCAAGAAGCGUCCUUGCGCCGCCUUCGAGAAGGAGGUGGAGAGCAUGGGUGCUCACCUGAACGGGUACACCUCGCGUGAGCAGACUGCCUAUUACAUAAAAGCCUUGUCCAAGGACAUGCCUAAAGUUGUAGAGCUGCUGGCUGACAUUGUGCAGAACUGUGCGCUGGAGGAGUCUCAGAUCGAGAAGGAACGUGGUGUCAUCCUUCAGGAGCUGAAAGAAAUGGACAGCAACCUGACGGCUGUCGCCUUUGAUUACCUUCAUGCCACUGCUUUCCAGGGGACUGCGCUGGCUCACACUGUCGAGGGGACCACGGAGAACAUCAAGCAUCUGACUCGGGCAGAUCUCGCGUCAUACGCUGAUACUCACUUCAAGGCACCUCGUAUGGUCCUGGCAGCUGCUGGGGGUAUUUCCCACAAAGAGCUGGUAGAUGUAGCGAAGCAACACUUCAGUGGAGUGCCUUUUAAGUACAAAGAGGAUGCUGUGCCUCUCCUCCCACGCUGUCGCUUCACAGGGAGCGAGAUCCGUGCCAGAGAUGACGCUCUGCCUGUGGCCCAUAUCGCUCUUGCCGUGGAGGGGCCGGGGUGGGCUGAUCCGGACAACGUCGUCCUCAACGUGGCUAAUGCCAUCCUUGGACGCUACGACCGCACGUUUGGAGGUGGUAAGAAUCAGUCCAGCAGGCUGGCUGCUCUUGCUGUGGAGCAUAAUCUCUGCCACAGCUUCCAGACGUUCAACACCUCUUACUCCGAUACCGGCCUCUUUGGGUUCCAUUUUGUUUCCGAUCCUCUGUCCAUAGAUGAUAUGAUGUAUUGUGCUCAGAGGGAGUGGAUGCGUCUGUGCACUAGUGCCACGGAGUCAGAGGUGAAGAGAGCCAAGAACUAUCUCCGAAAUGCCAUGGUGGCUCAACUGGAUGGUACCACACCAGUGUGUGAAAAUAUUGGAAGCCACCUCUUGAACUACGGACGCCGUAUCCCUCUGGACGAGUGGGAUGCCAGGAUUGCUGCCGUUGAUGCGAGCAUGGUGAGAGAGGUCUGCAGUAAAUACAUUUAUGACAAAUGCCCAGCGAUCGCAGCAGUUGGUCCUAUUGAACAGCUCUUGGAUUACAACCGUAUCCGCAGUGCCAUGUACUGGAUCCGUUACUAGGAGGUGUCCCUGCAGGUUGGAAAUAGCGAAGCUGUGGACUGUGAGAUGUUCCCUCUGGCUCUGAAUGUCUUGUGCACCAGAGGCAAAAUGAUUCCCGUCAAAAUGGCUGUCGUCUUGGUGUUAAAUACAUAAAAAUAAAAAUAAGUACAUCCUACAUGGAGUUGGUUCUGCUG